UCGGACGGUCCUCUCGUCCGCGGAGGUACUUCGGGCGUGUAUCGGAACCGUUUAUUUUUUUUUAAGUGCGUGUAAGCAGAUGUAAGUUCGGGAACGCACAUUGACAUCCAGUGAGGAGCAAAUGCCCCGCGCUCCAGUGCCUUUAAUUUUUAAUUGAUAUACAGGCAGAACUUUAAGUGUUAAUAUGGGGUGCAGUGCGAGAUACUGUAUACUGGCUCUAUCCUUGUGUCUAGUGGCGGAAAAUGCGAUCGGUGUGAGAGUGGUACCCAAACGGAUGAAAGAUGCUAUCCCAGAUGACCAGUCGACAUCAGCAUCGUGGUGGUCAGCCGGCACAGCGACGCCAUUCAGAGAGAGUUCUGCGUCUAGCAGCUCAUUCGCUUCUACCCAUGGCAUUGUACAAACUCACCCAAGUUUAGACGAUCCAUUCGGAUCUUUCGGGUCUAUUGGAAGCACAAUUGGACCUUCUUCUAACCCAUUCGCUCAAGCAAGCGGCAGCGGUCCGCUCAGUGGCGGGGUUAGGAGCAAUCCAUUGCCACCUCUGGCAAGAAAUGCCAAUGGAAAAACUACACUGAAGCAUUUAGACUUUACAAGCAGCGCCACUGCGGAACUGAGGAGAAACCCAGCCUUGUCAGCUCCUGACGAAUGUGCUAGAGCGUGUAGGGAAAACGAGCCGCCAAGGAUUUGUUACUACCACUUCACAUUGGAGUUGUACACUGUAUUGGGGGCGGCUUGCCAAGUGUGCACACCGAAUGCAACCAACGUCGUGUGGUCUCAUUGCCAAUGUGUCCUCGCCGAUGGAGUCGAACGUGGUAUCCUCACUGCCAAUAGGAUGUUACCAGGACCAUCUAUUCAAGUCUGUGAGAACGACAGGGUUGUCAUUGAUGUAGAGAACCACAUGGAAGGCAUGGAAGUAACGAUCCACUGGCACGGCAUCUUCCAGAGAGGAACUCAAUACUACGACGGAGUACCAUUUGUCACACAAUGUCCAAUCCAACAAGGAAAUACCUUCAGAUAUCAGUGGCAAGGCAACGCUGGUACCCACUUCUGGCACGCGCAUACAGGUCUUCAGAAACUGGACGGAUUGUACGGCAGCAUCGUCGUACGUCAACCACCCUCUAAGGACCCCAACAGCCACUUGUACGACUACGAUCUUACCACUCACGUCAUGCUACUCAGUGAUUGGCUUCACGAAGAUGCUGCUGAGAGAUACCCUGGUCGUCUUGCUGUUAACACUGGCCAAGAUCCCGAGUCUGUACUUAUCAACGGAAAAGGACAGUUCAGAGACCCUAACACUGGAUUCAUGACCAACACGCCAUUGGAAGUAUUCACAAUCACUCCUGGAAGGAGAUAUAGAUUCAGAAUGAUUAACGCUUUUGCGUCAGUUUGCCCUGCUCAAAUAACAUUUGAAGGCCACAACUUGACAGUCAUAGCUACAGAUGGAGAACCAGUGCAGCCGGUUCAAGUUCACACUAUCAUUUCUUUCUCAGGUGAACGAUAUGAUUUCGUCAUUGAAGCCAAUAACAUUCCUGGAGCAUACUGGAUCCAAGUGAGAGGUCUUGGAGAAUGUGGAAUUAAGAGAGCUCAGCAAUUGGCUAUUCUUAGAUACGCGAGAGGACCAUACCAACCAUCUAGCCCUGCACCCACAUAUGAUGUUGGUCUACCUCAGGGUGUGGUGAUGAAUCCUUUGGACGCAAGGUGCAAUGUUCAGAGGAAUGAUGCUAUCUGCGUCAGCCAACUGAAAAAUGCUCAGAAUAUCGACCCCGCAAUCCUGCAAGAGAGGCCAGAUGUAAAAAUCUUCUUGCCAUUCCGUUUCUUCGUAUACAGACCAGAAAUGCUGUUCCAACCGAAUACUUACAACAGAUACUUAGUUGCCCCUCAAGGAGACCAUGUCAUCAGUUUGAUCGAUGAAAUUUCGUACAUGUCCCCACCGGCUCCUCUACUCAGUCAAUAUGACGAUGUUAACCCUGAACAGUUCUGUAACGGAGAUAACAGACCUGCGGAUUGCGGACAAAACUGUAUGUGCACCCACAAAGUCGAUAUACCGCUGAAUGCUGUUGUGGAAAUUGUACUUGUAGAUGAAGUUCAAAUCGCGAACUUAUCCCAUCCGUUCCAUCUUCACGGAUAUGCUUACAACGUCAUUGGUAUCGGGCGAUCUCCCGAUCAAAACGUGAAGAAAAUCAACUUGAAACACGCUCUCGACCUCGACAGAAGAGGUCUUCUUGAACGUCACCUCAAGCAAGGAGAUUUGCCUCCUGCGAAAGAUACCAUCGCGGUUCCCAACAACGGUUACGUCAUCCUCCGUUUCAGAGCCACUAACCCUGGCUUCUGGCUCCUUCACUGUCACUUCCUCUUCCACAUCGUCAUAGGAAUGAGUCUGGUUCUCCAAGUGGGAACCCAGGCAGACCUUCCCCCAGUGCCUCCCAAUUUCCCCACGUGCGGUGAUCACCUACCGCCUAUCCCACUUCACUAACUCGGUUCCUAACAGUUUCCAGUGAAAAAUGAAUACAGCAAUUGAAUAAUUAUGUUAACUAAGUGUAAAUUUAUGUUUGUUUUGUGUGAUGUGUCCGGCGGAUCCGAAGUGCUCGAUUCCGCCGGUUGUGUUUACUUUGUAUUCGAAUGAUUCUAUGGGAGAUCAUGACGGUUUGUGACUUUAUUUAACGGUGAUAUCCUUUCCUGAGAUUAUUUCAACAUAAUUUAAUGCCAUAUUCGGUGAUAUUUUGUAAUUAUUUAAUAUAUCACCCUAAAUGUCUCUCGAGGCUCUUAUACUUUGCAUACCUCUCGGUAUUUCGACUACAGGCUUAGUCCUGUCACUAACAACUUGCCAUUUUUUAUUAUUCACCAAGGAUAUUUAUUAUUUGUAUAUAUUUAAAAAUGUGAAGAUGUAUUCCUAACUUUCUUUAUUCAAAUUACUAACCAAAUACGCAUGUAAUACAAAAUUUAUCAUAGUUGUAUAUAUAAGAGAUAACUGCAAUACUUGUAAAUACACAUUUUACCUACGUUGUUGUUAAUUUGGCAACUCACCACUUUUUAUAAAGUUAAUACCGUAAACUUUCAAGACUGUAAAUAACUAUUUGUAGCAAAUAGGUAUUCAGAUGUUACCACUUCCAUGUUACCAUUAUUUUAAGGAUUAUACAGUUUAAUAUUCAUUCAACUGUGCCAACUAUGAAUUAAUUGCUUGUAUUGGCGAAUCCUAGUCUCUGGAAAAUACACACAUACUAUGUGAAUAAUACAAACUGGACCUGGAAUACUAAAAAUAUAAUCUGAAGUAUUGCAACACCUGCUAUGCUUUAGCAGUCAAUACCUUUCUAUAAUAAUAUAAACUACUUUAAG